AUGAUGGAGACUACGGUGAAUAGUGGCAUGUGCCGGUGUUGUGCAUCAGAAGGUCUUUUUAAAGACGUAAAUUCAGCUUAUCGUUGGAUGGGAGAGGAUGAGAUCUAUGCAGAUAUGUUACAAUUUUGUUUUGAUAUAUCCCUGUCAACAGCAGAGGACCAGAACAAUGGGGGCAUUUGCGAAGUGUGCAUCACGCAGCUUCGUAACGCUGCCAAUUUUAAGAAACAAGUUUUGCACACGGAGGAACAGUUCAAAAAGAUCCAAGAGCAGAAGACAUUUAGACCUGAACUAGUGAAAGUGGAGAUGCCAAUAGAGGAUGAUGAAUCAGAUAACAAUCUAACUGAAGAUUAUCAUUCUGGUGCUGAUUUAGAUUUGGCAAUAAAGGAGGAGAGCCCGGAGCCCAAAACCAAGAAGAGGGCGACCAAAGCCACAACUUCCAGGGCGAAGAAGGCAAAAUUGGACACAGGAGAGACAUCUACGAAACGAACGGACGGCGACCCCCCCAAGCGCAGGAAAAGGAGAAAGAAAUCCACGGAAAGCGCUACCCCCGAGCGCAUAGAGCAUAGGGUGAACCUUACCGCUAUCCUGCAGCACUCCAACGCGAGCCCGUUCAGGGACAAGACGAUGCGCGGCUUCUCGUGCCUCUACUGCGCCAAGUACUUCCAGCACAUUGACGAGCUCCGUAUGCACACAGCCCAGCAAUCGGAGAAGGACAAGAUCAACACAAUGAUCGACUACAAGCUCAGCUACAACCCGAUCAAGCUCGACAUCACGGACCUCCGCUGCAUCGUCUGCGACACGGGCAUGAGGGACCUAAACGAUCUCAAGGACCACCUGGUCAACGUCCACAACAAGACGAUAUACAAGAACAUAAAGGACAUAAUCCUACCCUUCCGCUUGGAGAACGGCCAGAACUUCACGUGCGUCGUGUGCUCGGUGGUGCACAUAUCGUUCAAGAACCUCUACCACCACAUGAGCAGCCACUACAGGAACUACUGCUGCAAGAAGUGCGGCGCCGGCUACAUCACCAUUGCCGCGCUGAGGAAGCACGGCAAGACCCACUACCAGGGCAACUUCCCGUGCGACUACUGCGAGAAGACCUACACGUCCCUGACGAAGAAGCGCAACCACGAGAAGGGCGUCCACACGGGCGGCUGGCUGCGGAACAAGUGCCCUCACUGCCCCGAGAUCUUCGUCAGCUACUACGACAGGAGCGAGCACCUGGUCAAGGUGCACAACGAGGCGCCGAUAGUGUACCCAUGCAACGCGUGCAACAGGACGUACAAGAAGAAGUUCGAGCUGAACCGCCACAUAAAGCACCACCACCUGCAGCAGAAGAACUACCUGUGCGACAAGUGCAACGCGAAAUUCUUCUCCAAGCGCGGCCUGGUCGACCACAUGCUGAGGCACACGGGGGCGGAGGUGUGCGCGUGCGAACUGUGCGGCAGGACGUUCUCGCGCGCGCGCACACUGAGGGAGCACAUGCGGACACACGACGACGACAAGAAGUUCCAGUGCGAGGUGUGCAAGAAGACGUUCAUGCAGAAGUGCAGCCUGAAGAGCCACGUGCGCCUGCACCAGGACGACCUGGACAUCUUCAAGGAGUUCGACGACGUGAAGCACCUGAUCGACAACAGGGAGCUGACGCUGAAGCAAAUCGCGGCGGAGAACAAGAAGAAAGCGGAAGCGGAGAAGCUCCACGAGCAGAUAUCG